CAGACAAGCAACGCAACAACAAUGCACGAAACUGAAGUUCUCAUCGUCGGCGCAGGCCCCACCGGCCUGGUCACGGCUCUGUGGCUUUCGCGCCAAGGCAUCAAGGUCCGCAUCAUCGAACGAGGGGAACGCACCGCCACGACCUCCCGCGCGCUGGCAGUCCAUGCUCGAACUCUCGAGCUGUAUCGACAAUUAGACCUCGGAGAUCGGCUGGUAGCACUGGGCCAUCCAUUAGGGGCAACGAACAUCUGGACACAGGGGGUGCAUCGGUUUCGCAUCCCCUUCGGUCACUUCGGAAUGGGGUUGACGCCGUAUCCGUAUAUCUUGAUCGUUCCUCAGGAUGUGCAAGAGAGAUUGCUGGAAGAGCGGUUGAGGGACUUCGGGGUGGAGGUGGAACGGAACAAGGAGUUGGUGGAUUUCGCGGAGAACGAUGGCGGGGUGGUGGCGCGGUUCAGGGACCCGAGAACACGGAAUCUCUCACUGGAGUCGAGUGAAGUAGCAGAAGACCUCCAGACGUGUGAAGCCGCGUACAUCGUCGGGUGCGACGGCGCCCAUUCCGCGGUCAGACACAUGGCAGGGAUCAAGUUCACCGGCGAGACGUACGGUCAAAUAUUCUUUGUCGCCGAUAUCGAGGGCCAAGGGCCUGCCAUCAACGGCGAAGGACACCUCCAACUCGACGGCGAUGUCACCUUCCUCACUCUUGCCUACGACUCUAAGCGACAUGCGCGACUGAUAGGCAACGUGGAUGGGAAGCAGCUGGCUCACAUCGAAGCCAAGGAGGAUAUUUCGAAGGUCAAUUUCGAGGACCUGGCCCUCGCCACACCAGCUAUGCGCCAGAUGAUGCAAAUCGACAAGGUGAACUGGUUCACGGCGUAUCGAGUUCAUCACCGCGUGGCCGACAAGUUCCGGAGCGGUCGCGCGUUUCUCGUUGGGGACGCUGCCCAUAUCCAUAGUCCAGUCGGAGGACAGGGGAUGAACACAGGCAUCGGCGAUGCGAUCAAUCUCGCUUGGAAGUUGUCUACUGUAUUACAGCGAAAGGCGGACGCAUCACUACUAGAUACCUACGAGUCGGAGCGACGAGCCUUUGCGCUGACUCUCGUCGAGACAACCGAUUCGGCCUUCAACAAACUGGCUGCCAGAGGCUGGCUGGCCAAUUUCAUGCGCAGUUACCUCAUCCCGUUUGUCGUGAAGCUUGCAGUCAAGUUUGGCUUCGUUCGUCGACGGAUAUUCUUUGGCUUGUCACAGCUCAAGAUACAGUAUCAACACAGCCUGCUGUCUGCCGGGUCUGCCGGCACUAUCAAGGGUGGAGAUCGGUUACCAUGGGUGUCAGUAGGUGAAGGCAACAACUAUGAAUCUCUCAAGGAAAUCACCUGGCAGGUCCAUGUGUAUGGCGACCCUUCGACUGAGCUGGUGAAAUGGUGCCAGCUGAGAAACAUUCCGUUACAUUGCUUUAGCUGGACCUCUCAGUAUAGCCAAGCAGGAUUAGCACAGAAUGCGGCAUAUCUGAUCCGCCCCGACACAUAUGUGGCAGUGGCUGAGGCCUCAGGUAAACCCGAGCGAUUUGAUUCUUUUUUCCGCGAUACCCAGCUCAAUGUUUCCUAGUAAUCUUUUAUCCCGCUUUCUAAUGUCUAAUGUCCAAGCAUCUCAACUCUACUAAGACUAAAAUACAUACAAACAUCUUUGCC